AACAAUACCAACAUCCGGCCAGGUGCAGCCCAGCCCAGACCAGCAAUGUGGCAGCACACAUUGUGGUGAGACUCCUGCUUCACCCUUGAUGAUGACCGGACGUCUCCACACUUCCCUCACCUGGGAGCCCACGGAUCACCUCCUGUUUCACGAUUUUGGAUUUGAUGCUGCCGUUUGGCACCCCUAUUUAACGGUCCGGAUUGUUACGACGCGGUCCGUCUAAUUACCACAAGCUAACACAAGCUACACAAGCUUCAGAAAGCUUCCUGGCAAUACGUUAGUAAUGAAUAAAUAUACAGCAGGAAUUAUCAGUAUAAAAAAAUGACCAAACUACGGAAGCGAAUAUCGGGUGCAGAUUUUAUAAAGUGUGGGAGCAGGGUGACGCCUGAUGGUGGAAGAACUGCUAUACCCCAGGACAAUGUUAAUUGGAGAGCUGCAGUACCCCAAGACAGUGACGGUGGAAUAACUGCUAUAUCCCAGGACAAUGUUGACUGGAGAGCUGCAGUACCCCAAGACAGUGACGGUGGAAGAACUGCUAUAUCCCAGGACAAUGUUGACUGGAGAGCUGCAGUACCCCAAGACAGUGACGGUGGAAGAACUGCUAUAUCCCAGGACAAUGUUGACCGGAGAGCUGCAGUACCCCAAGACAGUGACGGUGGAAGAACUGCUAUAUCCCAGGACAAUGUUGACCGGAGAGCUGCAGUACCCCAAGACAGUGACGGUGGAAGAACUGCUAUAUCCCAGGACAAUGUUGACUGGAGAGCUGCAGUACCCCAAGACAGUGACGGUGGAAGAACUGCUAUAUCCCAGGACAAUGUUGAUUAUCACCAUAGAGAGAAAGAUCCCAGGAAAGUAAACCAAAAUGGACAGCAUCAUAAAGGAAAAAUAUUGUGGGUUAUUAUUUUAGGUAUCUCGAUCACCAGUUUACUGUGCAUUUGGUCGAGUGUGGAAGAUGCUAGUCGUCCCAUCUGGAUGCCAGACACCACCAGAGGAGCUGAUCUGGUAACGGUUCACACGAACUUCACUCCCCUAAACCCUUCAGCAUUUAUAACCUUUCUUGACUCAGAAGAGUCAAGGAGGAGUUUGCAUGGUGUGCUGUCGUGGAAAGUGGCAUCAGUGUCAUGGUCAUGGAUACCGUGUAAGGCCUUUGCUGUCCUGCUGCCAGAGAAGGCUAGCGCAAAGGUGCCAGGCCAUGUUUGGAGACUCCUGCCAGAUAUCACACCAAACAAGUUUAUGUUCAGUUACAGAUAUGUUCCUCCCCCACCAUCAGGGCAUGUGGAAGAAUUUCUUUUUCAGCUGCUCUCCCUCUUCCAUCCACAACCCUUCCUGCUCUCCAGGUAUGGACCUCGAGGAGCAGCUGCCGUCGUCAGAGCCAGAAACAUUGACUGUUUAGAUAUAUGGUUCAGACUCCAUGCUGAAUACCAGCUCAACACUCCCCCACGACUACCACUCUGGUUCACUCCAGCAGCCUUUAUUGGAAGACUUAUCAUCAAUACCACAGACCUGAAUGUCAAGCUGUUCUCCAUGCACGUACCAAAACACAGACCCCUCAAUGUUGACUUGGAGUGGCUGAUUGGUCCUCGUGAAGAGGAAGACAUGGAGGUGACGAUCACCCACAUGGAAGAGAUGAGUAUUACUUCAGGUGAUGCUGUAGUUCCAGACUCAAUCACCUGGAUGCAGGAGAUAAAUGCACAAGAAGCUCUCACAAUGCUGGAAAAAGAACUCUACAAAUUUAUGAAGGUAGAUUACCACAACUUCACUGAAGCAUAUGUGAGAGCCAGCAGUGAGAGCCGGCCAGUGCACUCGGUGGUAUUGUGGGGUGUACUCGACGACCAGUCUUGUUGAGGAUCGGGAAGAGCACUGCGGGAAGGACCACUUGCUGCUCCCAAAGUGCGAGCUUUACUCGGUGAACAUUUUGUCUCGUCUUGGGCACUUGUGUCUGAGCUGAAGAAUUAUGCUGAGAGUUCAUCAAUGGUUGGUGUGUCCCUGGCUGCAAGUCUGAGCCUGGAUGUGUACACUUUCCCUGUGCAAGUUAUAAUACAAGAUGCAUCGGGUUAUGUCGUGUCCUCUGUCAAUGCCAACCAAGUUCUAGAUGCAGAACUUAAUGACACUAUGCUCUUACAAGGCUUCCAUGACCCUGCAGAGUUUGUCUAUUAUAAUUUUCUGGAGCAGGGUUUGAAGAAAUACCAAGACAUAUUUAAUGAAUAAUGUCUUUAUGUACUAAAAGUGCUCACUUUAAGGGACUUGAAUUACAGCAGAAUUAAUAUUUAUUGAUUUUUGGUUGAUCUCUGAUCCCCAAGCUCCCCAAGCUUACAUUGCUUCACGGAGAGAGCCAGAUUCUGGUCAUGGCUUGUAGUAGACCAGGGUGGGUUUCACAGCCCUGGUGCAUCUCCCUAAGGCACUUGGCUCAGGACACUCCUGAGGCUCUCACCGGAUAAGGGAGUUUAAUUACAUUUAACAUGAUUAUCAGCCAAAAGUUAAAGCUAUCAUUGCAACAUUCUUUAGAAUGAGUGCAUUGCAUUCCAUUCCAGUCAGAUUCUAGUGUACUAUAUUCAUAAACUAUAACAUAUUGAAAUUUAAUUGAAAUUGAAAUAAGUUUAUUGAGAUAAAAUACACACAAAGGGAUGAGGUAGCUCAAGCUAUUCUCACCCCGUUCAGUACAUCGUGUUAAUGCAUACAUAUAAACACAUCACAAACAAUAAACAUAUUACCAAACAUUCUGAGACUAUAACAUAUGACUACCUUUACAUUAUUUAAAAAAUAUAUACAAUUACUGUAAUAAAAUUCUUAGGCUGGUAGUGUACCAUAUUUUUCCACAAAAGAUCUUUAAUAAAAAUAAUGUGGCCCAGUGUGACAGGAUUUCAAGGAAUGCGUCGUGUAAAUACUUAAGAGUUGAAGCUCACUGGUUCUCGUAUUGCAGAAUUGCUGCAGCAACAAUGAGGAUCAGUAAUAGUCAGGUUAUCUGAGCACUUUAUGUUUGUAAUAAGCACUUUAAAGCAGACUUUAGUAUUGCUGUUGACUGAGAGGCGACAAUGAUCGACGAUCGAGGGACCAGAGUUCAGUGAUUAUGUGAUACACUGAAGCAUGAUUAUUUCUGUUUAUUUCUAUAAUAUUUACAUAAACAAGAUUUGUCUUUCAUAUGCAUUCAUUGAUUACAUUUAGCAACAUUAUACCAAAAGGAGACCAAAAAGGUUUGACAAAAGCUCAGAACCAUCCACUUGUAAACUGAUAGUCAUGUCUUUAACCCUUGCACUGCACCAGCCAACAUAUUAAGGUGGGGGUGUGCUGGUGUGCCAGCCGACAUGUGAUUAUGUGAGUAUAUCAUGAGAUUCGAAACUCCUAUGCAUACAAGGGGGCACAUAUUUGCUUCCUCGGGCCUCCAGUAACCAUCCCUCAUCUUGAAAAAACAUCCCGAGUCCCUCACUUUUCUUCCAUGGCCUGGGUUACUGAGGCCGAAAUGUUCCUUAGGCCAUGACUUUAGGAACAUGUAGGGCAGCCAUUAUUAGUAUGAAUAAAUAUAUUUGUAUAUACAGUACAGUAUGUAUAUUUAUAUGUAUAUUUUCAAAGUUAUACAUAAUGAACACCAUCUUUGACACAUAGAUACAACUUGUUAGAGUGAAAAACUAAAUAAAUAAAGUGAGAAACAUUGUCAAUAAAUCAACAUUCCCUUUAGGCAACUCUCCUAAUUUAAAAAAAAAUAAAAUGCAACUUCUCCAGACCACUACAGCUAAACUACAAGAGGUAGAAACUUUUUAUUUAGAUUUUCAUGCUUCCUGGGUGCUAAUUAACAAUACCAAAAGAAAAAAAAUACUGUUUUAGAAGAAAUUAUUUUCGGCGCAUCACAGGAAUGUCAUUUUAAAAAAGGUGCGCAGUGCAGGGGUUAAGACAUCCAUGAGAUGCUAGGAUACAAGCACACCGCAUGCUGGGAUACAAGCACACUACAUGCAGGGAUACAAUGCUUUACAUUAUAUAGAUCAAAAGCUUUUUACAAAAUGUUCUAUUAUUAUCGAGAGAUUGUGAUGAUGGCAGUUUUGUGUGCCUGGCCAUCCUGAUACUUGGAUAGGGUUGAGCAGGUGCUUCUCAAGAUGCUCUACUUAAAUAUUAAAUGUUUAUAUAUUAGAAAUUUCUUUUUUGUUAUACUGUAUAUUGUAAAGUACAAUGUUUAUAAACAUAAUUGUUAGACCAUGCAAACUGUUCAUAAUACUGUGCACCUAAGACAAUUAAACUGCAUGAAAUGUGCAUCAUGUGAUAUGCUUGGAUGAUGAUUUGACAGAAUGAUUUGACUGAUAACAGUGUUGGGUUGUGGCUUAUGAAGCUGUGACUGGAAAGCUUACGCUGUGUUACAGUGGAAGGUAAACCUCACAACCACUGCUGUUACUUGUCAUGUCUCAGACCAAGGUAAUAAUUACAUCCCCUGCUGUUACUUGUCAUGUCUCAGACCAAGGUAAUAAUUACAUCCCCUGCUGUUACUUGUCAUGUCUCAGACCACGGUAAUAAUUACAUCCCCUGCUGUUACUUGUCAUGUCUCAGACCACGGUAAUAAUUACAUCCCCUGCUGUUACUUGUCAUGUCUCAGACCACGUUAAUAAUUACAUCCCCUGCUGUUACUUGUCAUGUCUCAGACCACGGUAAUAAUUACAGCCCCUGCUGUUACUUGUCAUGUUUCAGACCAAGGUAAUAAUUACAUCCCCUGCUGUUACUUGUCAUGUCUCAGACCAAGGUAAUAAUUACAUCCCCUGCUGUUACUUGUCAUGUCUCAGACCACGGUAAUAAUUACAUCCCCUGCUGUUACUUGUCAUGUCUCAGACCACGGUAAUAAUUACAUCCCCUGCUGUUACUUGUCAUGUCUCAGACCACGGUAAUAAUUACAUCCCCUGCUGUUACUUGUCAUGUCUCAGACCACGGUAAUAAUUACAUCCCCUGCUGUUACUUGUCAUGUCUCAGACCAAGGUAAUAAUUACAUCCCCUGCUGUUACUUGUCAUGUCUCAGACCAAGGUAAUAAUUACAUCCCCUGCUGUUACUUGUCAUGUCUCAGACCAAGGUAAUAAUUACAUCCCCUGCUUGUGUUGUGUCCCAGACAAAAGUAAUAAUAACUACCCCCUAAGCAAUGAAAUCACAAGAGCAUUAUCAUUCAGUACUGUAUUUGAGAAAAUACUGAAGCCAUAUGAUGGCAGAGCUGACACUUCCACCCACCACAUUGCCAGCAACCAACUGGCAGAAGCAGAUUGGCUUACUCAUAAGCAGUGCUGGCCCUCCAGCAGCCAAUCGUGGUCCUGCACAACUCUAUAGUUACCUCGGGCUGUGGCCUUAUGAGGUGUGCAGCUGUCUACCUCAGCAAUGUCUCUGCAGCCUUGCUAUGCAUGUUAAUUAGUGGCUUUUGUAUAAAUGUGCCUCUUAAUAAUUAAAAUGUUUACUUAAUAUAACCCAUUGCGCCUUCUUGUAAAUAAAUACAAAAAUAAAUAUGCUCACAGUAUAGGGAGCCGGUCGGCCGAGCAGACAGCACGCUGGACUUGUGAUCCUGUGGUCCCGGGGUUGAUCCCGGGCGCCGGCGAGAAACA